GGCUGACAUAAACAAUUCUUGUUUGUUGGGGGAAUAGAUAUAAAGCCAUAGGAGUAUCAUUGUUUACAGACAGCAGGAGUACUUCUUGAUAUUGCACAAUGAUGUUCUACAAAUUUGCCUACCCUCUGCCAAUGGUUGCUUUCUUUGCUAUAAUCAUUUCCCAAGCAGGAGCAUAUGAUCCGUUAGAUCCUAACGGAAACAUAACAAUUAAAUGGGACAUUAUGUCCUGGACUCCGGAUGGUUACGUUGCAGUUGUAACAAUGACCAACUUCCAAAUGUAUCGGCACAUAAUGAGCCCUGGCUGGACCCUAGGCUGGGUUUGGGCUAAGAAAGAAGUGAUCUGGUCAAUGGUGGGAGCCCAAGCCACUGAACAAGGAGAUUGUUCAAAGUUCAAAGGAAACGUCCCACACUGCUGUAAGAAAAACCCCACCGUCGUGGACUUGCUCCCCGGAGUCCCAUACAACCAACAGAUAGCCAAUUGUUGCAAAGGUGGCGUCGUGUCGUCAUGGAGCCAAGACUCCUCCACCGCGGUUUCGUCCUUUCAGGUGGGUGUUGGCCGUGCCGGGACUUCCAAUAAAACGGUGAACCUGCCGUUGAACUUCACUUUGCUUGGUCCUGGUCUGGGUUACACAUGCAGCGGAGCUAAAAAGGUGCCGUCCACUGUUUUCCUCACCCCUGAUGGUCGACGAAAAACUCAAGCAUUGAUGACAUGGAAUGUGACAUGCACGUAUAAUCAGAUUCUGGCAUCACGAUAUCCAAGCUGUUGUGUCUCGAUGUCUUCAUUUUACAACUCCACAAUCACACCUUGCCCAUCAUGUUCUUGUGGCUGCCAAAACAACAAUAAUUGCAUCUCGAGUGAUGCAGAGAUAGAAAGUGUAGUUGGCAAGAACAGAACAAGGAGUAGAAAUUCGAAUGCGAUGAUAAGGUGUACCAACCAUAUGUGCCCCAUCCGAGUGCAUUGGCAUGUGAAGCUGAAUUACAAGGAGUAUUGGCGAGUGAAGAUGACGGUCACUAAUUUCAACUACGCCAUGAACUACACGCAGUGGACACUUGUGGCUCAACAUCCUAACCUCCACAACAUCACCCAAGUUUUCAGUUUCGAAUAUAAACCCCUCCUUCCUUACAAAUACACAAAUGACACUGGUAUGUUCUAUGGCUUGAAGUUCUACAAUGACGUAUUAAAGGAAGCCGGAGCUGAUGGAAACGUCCAAUCAGAAUUGAUUCUUAAGAAAGACAUGAGUACAUUCACGUUCAAGCAAGGUUGGGCUUUCCCUAGGAAAAUAUACUUCAAUGGCGAUGAAUGCGCCAUGCCAGCUCCAGAUGAAUAUCCUUAUCUACCAAACUCUGCAAAUUCAAAGCUGAUUUCAAUAUCGACAAUGGCUUCCUUUUUGCUUUUGGUUUUCGCUAAUCUUUUGGGGAUGAUUUGAAGUGAGUGAGUGAAUGAAAGCAUGCAGGGAAAAGAUGAAAGAAACCAAACCUUUAAGAAGGUAAGCCAUUGGCAGGCAGCCAUGUGGAUGAAGUUGAAGCAGUAGGGGGUAGAUGAAAAAAAGUGUGACAUGAAGGAUUUUGCAGAGAAAAGCCAAUAAUGAAUCUGGGUUUUUCCAAGGUUUUAUCAUUAGUGGCUCGGGCCGGGUUUCAGUCUGGAUUUUUAGUUAAGCUGGUCCAAAUUAAAGGUUGAUCCGUAAAUAUGUUUUAUUUAAAAAUAAUAAAAUAUAGUGAAAUUUUAUUUUUACAUUGAUAUUGAUAUAUUGAUAACUAAAUUUAAUUA